AUGUUUGAACUCGAAGGAGAUGUUUUCAGUAUUUUUCUACCGGGCUCUCGUCGCUCUCGAGCCAGAAAUAUCGUCGCAGACAAACCGCAAAAUAAAACCCAUACCCAUGAUAAUUUACGGUUCUACACGAGCAAAACAGAAGCUUUGUAUUUUGUCUUCCAACCCACAGUGGGAGCACCAGUAGACGAAAUAACGACCUGGUUGAACGGCGGACCAGGGGAGCUCUCACUUGAAAGCUUCUUUCAAGGAAAUGGCGAUUUUGUUUGGGGCUAUGGUCAAUACGCUCCAACAAUCAAUCCCUACGCUUGGGUAAACUUGACGAAUGUUCUAUGGGUCGAGCAACCCGUGGGAACUGGAUUCUCAAUCGGGGAGGUCACAGCGACGAAUGAGACCGAUGCCGUUAAAGACUUCAACAGCUUUUUCUUGAACUUUCUGCAGACUUUUGGGAUCAAGAACUUCAAGAUAUUCUUGACCGGGGAAAGUUAUGCAGGGAGAUAUGUACCGCACUUCUCAUCUGCUAUGAUUGAUCGGAAGCGUCCAGUCUAUUUCAAUGUAUCCGGAGCUUUAAUGUACGAUCCGUGUAUAGGAAGCUAUGUGUGGGAGCAAAACCACGGUCCAAUAGUUCCAUUCGCUGUCAAAGAUAAGAAAGUCUUAGAGCGCAAUGCCAGCUUCUUGACACAACUUCAGGCACGGGACAAAACAUCUGCUUUUGUUGCCCCGAAUCCGUGCUUCAAUAUACCCGAAAUUUCAUCGCAAUGUCCCCUCCGCUCGGAUUCCUUGGGCUAUCCAACAGGACUUCAGUAUUUAUAUCCAGGCCAGCCAAUAUAUUCCAAUCGGACGGACAUGAAGAAAACAACGAACGCACCACUGGGUAUAGGGUGGCUGGAAUGCAAAGGACCUGGUGAUACUUCGCCAGAUCCAAUCCAGUCUGUUCUUCCUCGAGUCAUUGGAGCAACGAAUCGAGUCCUGAUCUCCAACGGAGAUCUCGACAUGUCAAUCAUUGCCGACGGGACCUUGUUGGCUAUUCCAAACAUGUGUUGGGGAGGGGAACCAGAUUUCCAAUCUCAACCCAAUACUUCCAUUGUCAUUACUCUUCUUGACUUGCAAUACGCGGCUACAUUCGAGGCCAACAAUGGCUUGAUGUGGGCUCAAACAUACCUCAGCGGACAUAUGGAGGUCCAAUCCAAACCCAGAAGCAGCUAUCGGCAUUUGCAGUGGUUGCUGGGACACAUUGAGAUGCUGCAGAGGAAUGCAAACCUUCAUCUGACCUGGCCCGAUCAUAUUUUGAUAAACAUUACAAAGGAGGUUGAAGAAAGCUCCGUUGAUGAAUACCCUUAA